AUGCAGCGUAUUGACGCCCUCAAGACAUUUGUGUUCCCCGCCCUGAACUUCUCCAUGAGGUGCGGCGCCCUGACCAAAACAGACUGGCACCGGUUGGACCUUGCCAUCAGGCCCAUGGUCAAGCGCACACUCUACCUACCGGUGAAUGCCUCGACACACUACGUCUACGGGAGCGCCUCCGGAGGAGCUGCAGCGAUACCGGUGGCAGCGGAGUUAUACGACAUCUGUCGUAUCGACUCCGCUUUUAAGCUCCUGACGACAUCAGACCAGUCACUACGGGACCUCGCCCUGUCCGACGCUUACGAGAUCGCCUCCACCCGCCUCGGAUGGGAGGCUACCCGUUUUGAGUUGGAGGCGUACCUCUCUGGCGACCGACAGAUCGUCCACUCAAGGCCGGCAACCCAGCUGCGCAGCGUGUGGACCGAGGCCCGUAAGGCAUCCCGAAGGCUACAAGUCUCGUGGUCCCUGCGGCCGGACCACGUCACCAUCACCUGCGGCGACGCAACGCUUCCUUCAACACAAAGGAACCGCAUCAUGCGGACGCUACGAGAUGUGCUGGCCCACGUUUGGGACAACGCCCUCCACGACCAGCCAAACCAGGGGAAAGUGAUGGCCUGCGUCUCAUCGGAUCGUGCGAGCUCCCACUUCAUCAUCACUGGAGCAUUCACGCACUUCGCCGACUGGCGGUUUAUCCACCGAGCGUGCCUCAACCUGGUACCCCUGAAUGGCGCCGUCAUGUGGGGCCCACCUGACCGAGACCAGCGCUGCCGGGUCUGCGGCUACGCGAGGGAGACGCUACCGCCAGUGCUAUGCCACUGCAUGAUGCAUAGCGCCAUGUCUCAGGCGCGGCACAACUCGGUAAUCUCGGGCCUUCGCACGGCCGCUGCCCGUGACUACACCGUGGCGUUGCACUUGGCGUGA